AUGUGGACAAAAGGGAAGAACUCAGGCCAGCUAGCCACAGGCCAUCAUGUUUCUCGCUGGUUCACCAGUACAUUCUGCGUUUUAAUGAGGUGUCUGGCAACAAGUCAGUUGCGAUCCGGAGAAGAUCCAAGACCCCUGGCGUGAUUAUUACACAGUAUACAACAACUUUGCCUGAGGGUAAAAGUACCCCAGACUUCCAGUAUAGACCCAUGGCAGCUACCGUCAAGCAAGGACAGGUAGCUGUUUUCAAGGCUGUGGUGACGGGGGAACCAAAACCCGAUGUUUCAUGGAGAAGAGCUAAAGGAAAUCUUACAGAUAAGGAAAAAUUUCAACGGAAAUAUGACGACUCAACAGGGGAGCACAUUUUAGAGAUUCAUAAAGUAUCUGCAGCAGAGGCCGAUACGUACAAAUGCUAUGCUGUGAAUGAAUAUGGCAAAGCUGUCUGCACCACAACAUUAAAUGUGAUUGAUGGCUCAACAAAUCCUGAAGAUUUCAGAAAGCUGCUAAAGAGAAGCAAAGCACAGACACCAGGUGGACAGAAUGAUGAAACUUUCUGGGAUGCAAUGCUAAAUGCUGACAAAAGGGACUAUGAGAAGAUCUGUUCUGAGUAUGGCAUUUCAGACUUAAACAUGAUUCUCAAGAAGCUUGAAGAGAAAAGAAAACACAAAGGAAAAAGCAAACAGAAGGACGCUAUAAUUUCCUAUGAUGAUGAUGCAGAAGAACAGGAUAAUCGGAGUCUUGGGAGGAAAAACUGCGCCAGAAUUGAAGGGCUGGUGCAAAAUGACACAGGGGUAUUUCAAGGGGAUGUUGAAGAGGCUAACCGCCACAACAGACACCUAAGUCAAGCUAAUGGCGAAAGGGACUUGCAUCUUACUGAGUUCAAACUUUCGAAAGUAGAUUUUGUGAUCAAAAUUCAAGAGAUUAGAGCUGAAGAAAACGAUGAUGCUCUUUUUGAGUGUGUGCUGACGCACCCUCUACCUAAGAUUACAUGGAUGAGAAAAGGUGUCACCCUGGAAAAUGGGGAGAAAUACAACAUAACUGUGUCUGACAACAAACUCAUCCACCGGCUGCUCAUUAAGGACUGCACUAAACUGGACAAAGGAAUCUAUUCUGUUAUAGCAGGGAUUAUAUCCUGCAGUGCCUGGCUGGUGGUGGAAGAUCAGCGCAACCCUGCAUCUGGAUGUAGGCCAACAAUACGUAAAACUGUGGCUGCGGCUGGAGCUCAGAUUGAUUUGGAAAAAGUGGCCAAAGAGCAGCAAAUAAAAAUCCAAGAGGAGAUGGGGAAGAUUUUAAAAGCUGUCAAAGGAAAAUACUCAGAAACAGCAACGCUGAAAGAAGAAAUGUUAACUGGUGGAGGAGACUGCGGUGGAAGUGAUAAAAGAGGUAAAACACAGAGCAGAAGCACACAAGAUGACCCUGUAACAACAUUUGAGUGUGUGACAGAAGCAGGAGAGCAACUGAAGGCAGGUGGUCCAAAGAAGGAACAACGCAUCAAAAGCCAAGGUGGUUGCAAUACAAUCACAGAGAGGAAAAUCCCGAAAGGUGCCACUGUCACAACAUUUGAGGAUUUUGGUGUGACAGAAACAGAAGAGCAACUGAGAGCUGAGAGCAAGGAGAAAAAACACAACAAAAGUGAAGCUGUUUGUAACACAAUGGCAGAGAGGAAAAACACGAAAGGUGCCACUGUCACAACAUUUGAGGAUUCUGGUGUGGCAGAAACAGAUAAGCGUCUGAAAGCUGAGAGCAAGGAGAAAAAACACAACAAAAGUGAAGCUGUCUGUAGCACAAUGACAGACUCUGAUAAAGGAGAACUCUCUGAGGAGGGUCAGGAUUCUGGAAUUGGCACUAAUUCCAUACUGAUACAGGAAGAUCAAGAUCAACAAGGAGAGCGUGAUGUAAUCGAAUUCACAGAUCAAUGUGAUGAUGUUGUGCAACAACUGAAUCAGUUCAGAGGAAAAAUGAAUUUUGAUAGGUCAGCAAGAAAUCAAAGCAAAACUAAGACCGUCCACUGGAAAGAACAGGCAUCAGCAUAUGGACAAGUAAGUGAGGAUGAACUAAAUAGCAGUGAUGAGAACGAGGAUUCCGCUGACAAGGAGAAGCACCAACAAAGUUCAAAGCAAAGCGAAACUGCAAAACAUGCAGCAAAUGGCAAGUAUGUGUUUACCGAAGACCAAGCCGAGUGUGACGAGGCUGAAAAAAUUAACAACUCUUCCAACCAUACAAGACGUAAAAGACAAGCCCAUCUGAUUACAGAUUCAGUGAUUGAUCCAGGUGUUCAGUUCAUCUGGGGUUUGUCGGAUGUCGAUGCGAUUAUCCAAGAGAGUGCUGAGUUAACAUGUAAGCUCAGCAGCGAGGACUAUGAGGGAGUCUGGUUCAGAGAUGGAAAACAGAUAUACCCAGAUGAUAAUUUUUCUAUUACUACGGAUGGACCCGUCCAUAAAUUAGUGAUAGUGAAGUGCAGCGAGGAACACUCUGGGAAAUACCGCUUUGAAGCAGAUGGUCGUAAGACAGAGGCAAUGAUCAAUGUCCGAGAUCCUCCAAGGUUUGACCCAGAAGACCUCAAGGCUUUUGCCAGGCCUUUGACAGUUAAAGUGGGACACAAUGCCAUCUUUAAACUGCAGUUCAUUGGCCACAAGCCUAUAAAGGUUCAGUGGUACAAAGACGGAGAUGAGCUGCAAGAUGACAACUGUAUAAAGAUAGAGAAAUCUGCAAGUCACACCCGCUUGCUCCUGUGCAGAUGUCAGAGAAGGGACACUGGCGAGAUCAAGAUAAAGCUAAAGAAUGACCAUGGCUUUACUGAGGCAGUAUCACAGCUUAUUGUACUUGACAAGCCAUCUUCCCCCCUGGGUCCUGCAGAGGUUACUGAGAGUUCAGCUGCAUGCAUUGAAUUUAAGUGGCGGCCGCCAAAGGAUGACGGCGGCUCCCCGGUGACUAAUUACAUACUGGAGCGUCAGCAAGUGGGACGAAACACCUGGAAGAAAAUGGGUGAAAUACCAGGUGUGCCCCUCUACCGGGACACAGAUGUGGACCGUGGGCGAAAGUACUGUUACCGCAUCUGGGCAGUAACUUCAGAGGGAACAAGUGAGGUGAUGGAGACGGAUGAAAUGCAAGCUGGCAAGUUUGCUUUUCCAGGCCCCCCAGCCCCUCCGAAGGUGGUCAGUGCAUUUAGUGACUGCAUCAACCUGUCAUGGUCUUCACCUGCUAACACUGGAGGGUCACGCCUCCUGGGCUAUAUUUUGGAAAAGCGCAAACAAGGAAGUAAUCUUUGGACUGUUGUGAAUGCACCAGAUGAGAUAAUAAAAGAGAAAAAGUAUGCAGUGAGGGAUGUUGUGGAUGGUAUGGAAUAUGAGUUCAGAGUUUGUGCCGUAAACCUCUCAGGAGCUGGUGAAUUUAGCAACGCCUCAGAGUUUGUUUUUGCACGAGAUCCUAAAAAGCCUCCUGGUAAAGUAACAGGCCUGAAGGUGACAGAAACAUCUUACACCAACAUGGUUGUGACUUGGACCAAACCCGAGGAAAAAGCAGGCAUACAGGAUGAAGCUAAAGGAUAUUAUGUUGAGAUCCGGCGAGCAGAUUGCAUUGAAUGGUCCCGUUGUAACAGUGUCCCUGUUUUCAUGACUUCCUUCAAUGUGAAGGGCCUUAAAUCUAUGGAUAUGUAUUGGGUGAGAGUCAUUGCUAUAAAUGAUGGGGGAGAAAGCACACCUGAGGAGCUGCCAGACUACAUCCUUGCCAUGCCUUUGCCCGUGAGACCAAGGUUCACAAACAACAAGACAAAGAGCUUCAUGGUUGUGAGGGCAGGGAACUCUGUGAGGAUAACAUUAAACUUUGAGGCCUCCCCACGGCCAGAGGUUACGUGGUUAAAAGACAACGUGCCAGUGACGAAGCGUGUCACGAUCAGCAACUCUGACAGCUCAUCUCAGCUGUUGAUUCCCACUUCAGAACGCUCAGAUUCAGGCAUCUACUCCGUCUUGGUGAAAAAUAUUGUUGGACAAGAAACAUUCAGUACAGAGGUUAGGGUAACAGAUGAUCCAAAGCCUCCUGGACCAGUGGAACUGGAAGAAAGUGUUCCUGGGACUGUGACUGUGAUCUGGCGACCUUCUCCUGAUGAGAAGCGCGAUGAUCGUCUCCAUUACACAGUGUCCAAACUGGACUCCACUAAGCACACGUGGACAGUAGUGGCUGACAGGCUCUUCAACAACAGGUUCACAGUUUGUAACAUCAUGGAAGGAAGGACGUACCAUUUCCGUGUGUACGCCAAAAAUGACAUGGGUAUAUCAGCGCCCUCAGAAUCCCCAACCUGGGGGGUGGAAAAAAAGAAAGAAAAAACUGUGAUACCCGAACCGACAAGCAAGGACCGUGAUCUGCGAUGCCCGCCAACGUUUAUUGUACUUUUGAAGCCUCAAACUGCAACAGUAGGUUAUGAGUGCUAUAUGAGCUGCGCAGUCAAGGGGAACCCUGCACCUCGUAUCACGUGGUAUCGAAGCCACGUCAGCAUAAACACAAAUACCAAUUAUUACAUCUCCAACACGUGUGGCGUCUGCUCCUUGCUGAUCCUUCGUGUGGGCCCCAAAGACGUAGGAGAGUAUACUGUUGUUGCAGAAAACAGUUUAGGACGAGCUGAAUGCUCCACGGUGCUCAGUGUCAGAGAAUGAAGAAGUUAAAGAUGCAGGUGUUCAAAGAUUAAAAGUCCAUAACUGGAUGAUGACAGUGGCUGUCUUCCACUGAAAUAAUGUGAAUGCCAUGCUACCCUUGGAAAAUAAAUCAGUUUUAAUAUUAAUUA